AUGCUGAAGUACUUGCCCCUACCGCCUGGAAUUGCAGCGAUGCACAUGGAGCUUCUGAAGAAGAAAGUUGAAGACAUCAUCAAGCAUAUGCUGCCUGGCUACAGCCACACCUACCCUAAACCCUACGUGAUUCACCACCAGAUGAAGCCCACGGUCAGCAACAUCCAGGACUGUUUGAGGCGCCAAGGUGCUGGCAAACAUGAAGUGAACGCGGUUUGGAACUUGUGCUACUUCUAUCGCUGGGCCUUUUGCUUGUGGAAGCCAGAUGCAGGUGAGAUGAGCAUCGUACUUCUGGAGGAGCCAUUGCCACCGGUGGAUGACCAGGUGGUAGAGCAGUUGGAUAUCUCUUUGGCAAACCAAGUGGUGAAGAAGUUGCAGGCGAGCACGCAGUCUGCUGAGAACCCAGGUCCUGUGGAUGAUCAGCUGGCACAGGACUUUGCGGACGGAAAUGUUACGACACUGAUGAUCAGGAACUUGCCGACAAGCCUGCAGCAGCCCUCAGUUCUGGACGAGUUGAAGCGCUGCGGAUUUGAUGGCAGAUACGACUUCUUCUACAUGCCUGGAAUAUUUGGCACCGAGACGUCUUGUGGCUAUGCGUUCAUCAACCUCAUCGACAUUGAAACCAUGAAGGAAUUUGUCGCAGCAUGGCACAACAGCCGGCGGUUUGGUGCCGAGCUGAAGCUGACCGCGGCUGCUGUGCAAGGUCGCGAUGCCAAUGCCCAGAACUUCGGGCCACGCAUCAAACGCAUUCGCAAUCCAGCAUUGAAACCAGUGAUUUUUGAGCCUUCGGCAGGACAGACUGCUUGA